CUGCAGCCUGUCACGCAUGUCAUUUUUGACAUGGAUGGCACUCUUUUGAACUCUGAAACCCUUUAUACCAUUAUAUUCCAAGAGCUCUGUGACAGCGUUGGGAAAAAAUACACCUGGGAGGAGAAAACCUUAAUCAUGGGAAGAAAAGAAACAGAUGCUAUAGAAAUUAUUCGGAAGAUCUUUGACAUCCCCCUAACUACUGAAGAAAUGAGGAGCGAAACUUUAAAGAAGAAAAGAACAUUAUUUCCUACAGCCUCACUGUUGCCAGGUGCUGAAAAACUGGUCCAUCAUUUACACCAGCACAAGAUACCCAUAGCAGUUGCUACCAGUUCUGCUCGCGAGUCAUAUGAACUGAAAACAGGCCAUCUCAAACCCUUGUUUGGUUUAUUCCAUCAUAUCGUGUUGGGUGAUGACCCUGAAGUGAAAAAUGGAAAGCCACAGCCUGAUAUUUUUUUAACCUGUGCCAAGAGAUUUGAACCUCCAGCAUCUCCAGCCAAGUGCCUAGUUUUUGAAGAUGCACCCAAUGGGGUCAAAGCAGCAUUGGUGGCUGGGAUGCAAGUGGUCAUGGUUCCCGAUGAAAAUUUGAAGAAAGAACUCACUAAAGAAGCAACUCUAGUACUCCAGUCUAUGAAUGACUUCAAGCCAGAAAUGUUUGGCCUACCAAAAUUUGAUUGA